AUGGGUACGCAGCUCGGACCGCGCGUGAGCAUAUACGACACGCAGGGCAAUCGACUGGCGCGGCUCGGUACACAGACCUACGGCGAUGAGCCUGGACGCUUCUACUCACCGCAUGGAAUCGCUGUUGACUCGAAGGGCGACAUCUAUGUUGCCGAGGUGUCUUAUGCCGACUACGGCAGCAAGAUGGAUCCGCCGCAAGAGCUUCGCUCGAUGCAGAAGCUGAUUAAGCAGGGGAGCUAGCUUUUAGUUAUUAGUAGUCAGUUUUCAGUGGUCAGUCAUCAGCAUCAAGAAUUUGCUGAUGACUGUACCUGUGAUUAGAGGCGAGACGAAUGGCGACGGAACUGGGUGUCGAUAAGGUGGAGCUGAAACAUGAUGGUGUGUCUAUCCAGUGGACGGACGGGCAUUCCAGCUUCUACGGAGGGAAGUACCUGCGGAUUAACUGUGGGUGCGCGGAGUGCGUAGAGGAGUGGACGAACCGGAAGCUUCUGGACCCGGCGAUGGUUGACGCUAACAUCCGGGCGGAGGACUAUCUACCCAUCGGCAGGUAUGCGCUGCAAUUCCUGUGGAGCGAUGCGCACUAUACGGGGAUAUACCCGUUCCAGAUUUUGCGGA